UCGACACCUGUCUCUCUUUCUCUUUCUCCAUCUUUAUUGGUUUCUUCUUUUUAUUUUGCUUCUUCCUUUAUAACUCUCUUUCUCUACUACUCCCUUCCUCUGUUGAUCUUGCUAAGCCUUCAUGGCCAAAAGAAACAUAAAAUAAAAAGAAGGAAAGUAGCACUGAUCAUAUGUGCUUCUCAUUCAGAUGGUAAGAAGUUCACAUCUGUUAUUUUUUAUUCUUAAGCGUUUUUUUCAUUGUUAUCAGUAUUAGUUCUAUUAGGAAGCAAGAAAGAUUCCUGCGAAGUACUCAAGAAGAGAGAGAGAAGAGUAUGUAGUGACUUUGUUUUUGUUCAUUCCCUUUUUCUUGCUUCUUUUUCUGGUUAAUUGGAAGUGGUUUUGGUGAAAAAGAGAGGAGAAGAGACCCAAAUUUCAAGAGGUUGAGAUGGGUUACCUCAGAUCCAGGGAAGCCAGGUGUUAUGCGAAAAGGGCUUCUUCUUUUUAGGGUCUUCCUGUGAUUCUUGGGAGUUCGCCUUUCCUGGGUUCUUUCUCAUGACCCCUUUUUUUCUGUCUUCUAUCUUGUGCUUAUAGAUAAGGCGUUGAAUUUAAUCUUGUUUGUAUUUUCUUUCUCCGUCUUUUGGUUGAAUUUAAGGGUUGGUAGGGAUUUGGGGUCUGCUCUUGUUGUUUGUCUUUCACUUUUAGUUGACAGGGUAGUUAGUGAAGAUUCCAGGAGGAAGCAGAAGGAAGUUGGUGAAGUCCAGAGGGAUCUAACCCAUCUAUCCAGUGUCUAAAUUUCACCAAAUGGAAGUCUGGAUCCGUUGUUUCUCACCAGAUCUGACAACCCAUUUCCGUUGUACUUCUUAGCUCGUUUGUUUUAGGCGCAAUUAGGUUCCUUUUAUUUACUCUUCGGGGGUUGGCGAUUUCAUCUCCUCUCUUGAUUGUUAGAAUCAAUUUAUUUACUGGGUCAUUUAGUUAACUAGGCAUGGAAGGUUGCUUGUUCAAACCUGUAAGUCUCCUUUGGAGAUCGUUGCAUGUUGGAGGAGGAGAUGGAGUGGUUGGAAAAUGACAGGCUAUGUGAUUUUGGAGGGGUCGAAAGGUUACUAUUACUACUACUACUACUACUCAGAUAGGGGAGUUGAUGGAGGAGAUGUCUCCAGCGGUUGCAGUGCCAUUUAGGUUAGGUAAUACAAUCUGUGAUAAUUCUGCUAUUGCAACCCACAUGGAAAUUACAAGACUAAAAUUAUUAACGGACGCAGCAAGUCUUCUGUCGGAUCCUGCUGCCAAGCACUCUUCUGAAUCUGUUUGUAGCGGAGAUGAAGGUUGCAAUUGUAGUGAUCAACGUACUGAAGUUGGUAUUGCAACCAUAUCAGCACCUCAGCAGAACGGCAGGGAAGGAGCUACUGCAUCGGUUGGGAUGGAAAUCCCGGAUAAUGAAAGCAACUGGGUUGGUACUGAUGCUACAAUUCAUGAUAUCGAGGAAGAUGAUUCUCUUUCUGUGGGGGGCGACCAAGUAUUGGAUAGUUCUUGUUCUCUUUCUGUGGCUAGUGAUACCAGUAGUCUAUGUGGCGAUGAAACAUUGUCUUUUGAUACAGCUUGUGAGUUAAGCACACCAAGUUCUGUGGUUGUUGAGAAGAACAUCGAAAAUGCUCAUGUUAUUGCAAAGUCCGCCACUUUGGGGGAUUUAAAUACUGACCAGGAGCCCAUGGGUGAAAUUCUUUCUGUGCCAGCGGGCUUUGAGGUUGAGAUUCGAGAAGGGUUUGAUCGAAAGGCAUCGGCUGUGGUUCUUCAGUUGCCUCCAGAGGAAGGGAUCUGCAGAACAGGAAUGCGCAGUGUUUAUGAAUUGAGUUGUAUACCUCUUUGGGGUAGUACAUCUAUCUGUGGAAGAAGACCAGAGAUGGAAGAUGCUGUUGCUACUGUACCUUGGUUUCUGAAAAUUCCUAUUAAAAUGCUGACAGAUGACCAUGUUGUGGAUGGUAUGAACCAAAAGUUGAUUCACUCAACUGCUCAUUUCUUUGGAGUUUAUGAUGGCCAUGGAGGCUCUCAGGUUGCUAAUUACUGUCGUGAACGUAUCCAUUCGGCUUUGAUUGAGGAGAUAGAAACCUUGCAAGAAAGUAUGGAUGGUGGAAGUAAUACUGAUAAUUGGAAACUGCAGUGGGAGAAAGCAUUCACCAGUUGCUUUGUAAAAGUUGAUGAUGAGGUUGCAGGAAGAGUUGGCAGAGAAGGUGUAGAGGACAAGGAUGAUACCUCUGAACCUGGUCCUGAACCUAUUGCACCAGAAACUGUUGGGUCUACAGCUGUGGUGGCUAUUAUUUGCUCGUCACACAUCAUAGUUGCAAAUUGUGGUGAUUCAAGAGCAGUCCUCUGUCGCGGCAAAGAGCCUAUUCCAUUGUCUGUUGAUCAUAAACCAAAUAGGGAAGACGAGUAUUCAAGGAUUGAAGCAGCUGGAGGCAAGGUCAUACAAUGGAAUGGAUAUCGUGUAUUUGGUGUUCUUGCAAUGUCAAGGUCCAUUGGUGAUAGAUAUUUGAAACCGUGCAUCAUUCCAGAACCAGAAGUCAUGUUUAUUCCUCGAGCAAAAGAAGACGAAUGUCUGAUUCUAGCCAGUGAUGGUUUAUGGGAUGUUAUGACAAAUGAGGAGGUUUGUGAAGUGGCUCGAAGGCGAAUCCUUCUCUGGCACAAAAAGAAUGGUAUCACCCUUCCUGCAGAAAGGGGUGAUGGAGUUGAUCCUGCUGCUCAAUCAGCAGCUGAAUUCCUCUCGAAGCUUGCUCUUCAGAAAGGUAGCAAGGACAACAUUACCGUGGUUGUGGUGGAUUUGAAAGCUCAGAGAAAGUUUAAGAGCAAAACCUGAUGGUAAUUGGUAAGUUCACUGCUAAUUUUGUCUUUUGGUCUAUAACUGUGCGAUAUAGAACUCCACAAAGUUCAUAUGGUUACUACCAUUGAACAUAGCUCUGCCCAUCUGUUUUUCACUUGGGCUUAAUGGGUGUACAAGAGUAGUUUUUCUAUAUGUACUAUAGGAUCUGCACCAUAUUGGAAUCCCUUCUCAUUUCAUACAUCAUGCCAAGUUUUGGCCAUGUAAAUUUGAGCUGCUGUUGUAGGGUAGGAUGAGGGGAGAGAGUUUCUUUCCCUUGCACUAGAGCUCUGGUUAAUUGUAUUCGUUACUGCCUCCGAGUUGAAGGCUCUGUGAGGUAUUUCACUUGCAUCGUUUUUACAACAUGGUGCCUUGUAAAAGAACUAGCAAGAUCCAAAGAUGGGUUUAUGAUCAUGUUCAAAAGGCUCCUCAUUUUCAGCUUCUA